GGCUUAUUCCUCCUCUUUGGCUGCUGCACGCCUUUUAUCUCUUGUAACCUUUGUUGCAGGUAAAUGUAACCCUGCAUUAAGCGGUCUUGGUGCCCUCUGUCUCCUGUCAAAGCCCCUCACGCAUACAACCCCUGCAAAAAUGAACAAAGGUAAAUGUAACCCUGCAUUAAGCGGUCUUGGUGCCCUCUGUCUCCUGUCAAAGCCCCUCACGCAUACAACCCCUGCAAAAAUAAACAAAGGUAAAUGUAACCCUGCAUUAAGCGGUCUUGGUGCCCUCUGUCUCCUGUCAAAGCCCCUCACGCAUACAACCCCUGCAAAAAUGAACAAAGGUAAAUGUAACCCUGCAUUAAGCGGUCUUGGUGCCCUCUGUCUCCUGUCAAAGCCCCUCACGCAUACAACCCCUGCAAAAAUAAACAAAGGUAAAUGUAACCCUGCAUUAAGCGGUCUUGGUGCCCUCUGUCUCCUGUCAAAGCCCCUCACGCAUACAACCCCUGCAAAAAUAAACAAAGGUAAAUGUAACCCUGCAUUAAGCGGUCUUGGUGCCCUCUGUCUCCUGUCAAAGCCCCUCACGCAUACAACCCCUGCAAAAAUAAACAAAGCUAUGGAGACCGCUCAGUAAGCGGUGUGCUCGCAACAACAUCGACAGGAUCAUGGCCGAGCUUCGCUCUGUCGCCUCCCGUCCCCGCCACCACCGCCAGAGCCGGAUUAGCUUGUUGCUCUAUUUCUUUGUUGGGGUUGUUGUGCUGUGCCCCCAGCUAAUCUUGCACUCUUCUUCGGAACUAGACUAGUUUGUGUUUUGUUUGAACUGCUCCUGUGCUGCUGGUGUGACCUUGUUUUGCUUGGUGGUUGCUUUAUAAUAUAAAGCGGGGGAAACCCUUUUUCGUCAGUCAAUAGUUCUGAUAGUUUUCUUAAAAUGUAACUGGUUACUUACUUUGCUUUUUCUGGUUCGAGAUCUCUCAGCCAUUCAAGAUCAAUGCUUCCAUGGUCUCUCACCAAUCGGUUUAGAAAUUCCUGCACAGCGAAUGACCAAUAGAUUAAAAUGGGCAAAUUUAAUAUUGUAAAUCAAACAUGUACCACAGUUGAAAUGUGGACAUGUUUGACUGGCUAGAGUUUUCAGCCCUGUCAUUUUGUCAGACUUACUUUUAUUCGGCCUGCUAGCAUAUUGUUCAG